AAAGUCGCACGCUUUCGCUCAGCUUCUCAGACACCGAGGCACCUGGUUCGAUACCAUCCACUACUUCCACCCUUGCCAGUACAGUCUCUUCGCAGAACUUUUGCCGACCAUGUUCUGCGCAAUCUCGGGCGAACCACCGGCUCAGCCCGUCAUCUCGACAAAAUCCGGUCAGCUUUACGAAGCCAGAUUGAUACGCAAGUACAUCGACGAGAAUGGCAAGGAUCCGAUCACUGGAGAGGUCUUGAGUCACGAUGAUCUGAUCGAGGUGAAAGCUAGUCCCCGCGCUGCAGCUCCCAGACCACCGACGCAUUCAUCCAUCCCAUCCCUGCUCACUUCGCUUCAGAACGAGUAUGACGGUCUGAUGAUGGAACUCUUCACGCUCAAGAAGAAUUACGAUGAAGUGCGAAUGGAGCUAGCACACGCGCUGUACGCCAAUGAUGCGGCCAAUCGUGUGGUCGCGCGUCUCAUUUCCGAACGAGACGAGGCUCGGAGUGCGCUGGCGAGCAUUUCGGGAUCUCUUGGUGCAUCCGCUGGUGCUGGUGUCGGCACGGAUGCUUCCAAUCAAGGUGGGGACGUGGAAAUGUCAGACGGUGCCACGACCAAGGGGGGUUUACCUCCCGCUGCUGCGCAAGUCAUCACCUCUACAGCUCAAACCCUAUCCUCGCAACGUCGAGCAAAGAUGAAGCGCAAGGCGCCAGCGGGUUACGCUUCAGCAGCGGAUGUGCGGGAAUUCAAGACGACGGCGAGCCUACCGUCCAUGCACAGCACCAAGCCGCCAGGCGUGACCUCCUUGGACGUCUCUUCUUCUGGCAAUCUGCUUUUGACGGGAGGCGCAGAUAAGCAAGUGCAAGUGUAUGAUCGUGCUUCCGGAAGGCAGAUCGCGACGCUAAAGGGACAUACCAAGAAGAUCACCCGUGUCGUCUUCUCCAAGCCACCUUUGGACGCUGGCAUUGCCGACGUAGGCACAGAAGCCGGAGAAGCUCCACCUCCAUCGUUCGCAGUGAGCGCUUCGGAAGACAAGAGCAUUCGUGUAUGGAAGCUUGGCGCUAGCGAAGGGGAUCCUGCGCCAGAGUACGCUCUCUCGCACGUCAUCAAGGGUUACAAAGCCGAAGUGACGGGCUUGGAUAUUCAUCCUUCUGGCGCACUGAUUGGUACUUGCAGCAAAGAUGGCUUGUGGGCCUUGCACGAUCCGACGACGGGCGAAAGGCUCCUUGCAGUGGAUGCGCCCUCCAACGAGACGCCCGAAGAAGCGGCGGGCGGAUACGAGUACGAGUCUUUUGCAUUUCAUCCGGACGGACAAUUGGCCGCUACAGGUACGGCUGGAGGCGUGGUGAGGAUUUGGGAUGUGAGCGCUAUUCAAAAGGUCAGCACUUUCAGGGAUCACUCGGCCAGCGCUGGCGUGACGGCGCUAGGCUUUUCGGAGAACGGCUAUUAUCUGGCAGCAGGCGGAAAGGGUUCGGGCGAAGUCAAGAUUUGGGAUCUGCGAAAGCUCAGCGUUGCCGGAACCAUCGACGCUUCGGAAUCUUCCAAAGGAGAAGCGGGAAGCGUUUUGGCUUUGGCUUUCGACCCUACCGCUAGCUUCUUGGCCGUGGUGGGAACGGAUGCAAAGAUCUAUGCCAACAAGACUUGGCAAUUGCUUGCUGCGGAUGACGGCAACACUGCCGAAUGCACCGAUUGCGCUUGGGACCCUAGGGAUGGCUCUCUAGUCGUCUCUAGCUUGGACAGAACCGUUCGGAUCCUCUCCAAAGCAUGAGCUCAAACCAAAAAUGUACCUCCUACACGCACCUCUUGAUUCGUCCAUCUCCAUGCACGGUGCCAACGUAGACCGAAAGGCUGAGCGCUCGUCAGUUGGCUCGCCCACGUCCUUGUUUCAAGGCGUGGCUGGUGUGACUUUACGACUGCGAUACCGCCCGAAAACCGGGGGGCGAGGUAAGGUCCCAUCCCAAAGCAGAAACUCAACCGCGAGGCGGCAAUACACUCCAACGCGAAAAGUCUGAAGACGAAAAUCAAAAGUGAAACAUCAAUCAGCCAUCGAGAGGACUGCCCUGCGACUCGGCAUCGGUAAAGUGUGACAUUUGUU